AUGUGUCAAGAUAAGAGUCAAACAUUAUCCCGUUCUCUUAACUUUCAAGUGAAUUAUUUCGCCUCCUCUGAUGUACAAAAGUUUAGUUUGCUUGGUGAUGGUGUUUUUGGUAAAGUUUACAAGGGUUGUAUUACGAGCAUGAAUCAAGUUGUGGUUGCAAAAACUGUCCCUUCAAGUCGUUUUUUGGAUAUUUUAGCUGAAUGCAAAAUAGGAAUGUUGAUGGCUGGCCACAUCAAUUUCCCAUUUAUGUAUGGAGUAGUAAAACUAGACACAUUACUUAUUGAAUUUGUACGUGAUGAGUGUGGAGCACAGUCACCAACUUUAAACGACUUUUUUGAAAGAUCACUUGACAGUGCUAAUAUGAAAAAUACAUUAAAUAUUUGCAUUGAUUUGUGUAAGGCUAUCCAUGACCUUUAUGUAAAUGGUAUUCUACAUAAUGAUUUACACCCUCAAAAUGUCCUAAUCAAAAAUAACCAGUGUGCGAAAAUAAUAGACUUUAGUAAAGCGACACUAGUGACUUUGUUUUAA